AUGCAGAAAGCUCUGGAAAUGUUGGCAAGAGCUGUGUCAGUAACUAUGGCGGAGUCCACACUGAAAUCUACAAUGAAGGCCACUCAUUCUAUGCCCAGGGACAGACUGCUCUGUGCCCUUUCUAUCUCUCAGAUAAACAUCUGUGGUGUGAGCCGGAACCGGGUCCUCCCAGAAGCCCAGGCCAACAAUGUGAAGAAGAUCGUACCACGCCCUUUAUCCAGGGUGAAUGGCUGGUCACCGCCCCUCCACUCCUUCCAGGCAAUAUCCUGGACCACCUCUCUGGUCAUGUUCGUUGCUGCCUUUGGGAUCUUCAUCCCCUUUCUGCCGAGGAGCUGGAAAUAUGCUGCCUAUGUUGUAUCCUUUGUGCUACUGAUGGGUGGGUUGUCCUUGUUCCACCUCAUCGUGCACUUGGUCGCAACUACCAUUGAUCCAGCUGACACCAAUGUCCGACUCAAAAAGGACUACUCGGAGCCUGUGCCGACCUUCGACCGGUCCAAACACACACACGUGAUCCAGAACCAGUACUGCAACCUGUGCGAGGUUACUGUGAGCAAGAAAGCCAAGCAUUGCAGUUCCUGCAACAAAUGUGUCUCUGGCUUUGACCACCACUGCAAAUGGCUGAACAAUUGUGUGGGCAGCAGAAACUACCGGUUCUUCUUCUGCUCUGUGGCCUCAGCGGCAGUUGGCGUGCUCAUCGUGAUGGUUAUCUUGCUGUACAUCUUCAUCCAGUACUUUGUCAACCCCGACGAGCUUCGCACAGACCCUCUGUAUAAAGAGAUCAGCGCUGAGAACAUAUGGCUGCUGUUCCUCCCACUGUGGCCUGUGCCUGUGAAGACCCCUGUGGUCCUGUCCAUCAUGGUGGUGGUGUUCCUGCUAGCCAUUGCCAGCUUUGUGCUGCUCGGGCACCUGCUCAUCUUCCAUUUCUACCUGAUUGCCAAGAACCUGAGCACAUUUGACUACAUGAUGCAGCCCCGAUUCCAGAGGAAUUCACAUUCAGCAGAAAAGAAAGAGCUACCUCUACGGAAAAAAGGGAACCUUUCCCAGGAAAAGAGUAGCAACUUGAACUGGUCUCAGUGCUCACCCAGGAUGGAGCCCCGGAAGUUCCUGCUGUCUACUCUUCCACCGAAGUCAAAAAUGGGUUUCAUAGCUCCAGCUCCAAAGACUCCUCCACAGUAAAGCGAUAAGAAUGAGCUUCUCUCAGGAUGGCAGUGCCAAGCCGUCAGCCCAAGAUCAUAAGGAGACACCUCUGCUUUGUGGUACAUGAUGCUGCUGAGCCGUGACCUUCAGUAGAGUAUGUG